UUGGUUUGUUUUUGCUUUAAGCGCGCGGUAUUUCCCAUAUGCUGAUUUUAGCUACAACUAUUAUUAAAUUAAGAUAGUUUUUUUUAAAUAGAAAUCAACAUGAGUAAAAAAACUACGCGUUCCUCAAAGCCUGCCGAAACAAAACCUAUACCUGCUGCGAAAGCGCCGGCGCUUCGUAAAGUAAUGUUUAUAUCAGAUGAAUUGUUGCAGGACGAGGAAAAUGAAUUGACGCUGGAGUACUUUUAUCAUCCGGGAAAAGGCAAGCCAGUACUCUUCAUAACAAAAGGCAACACAGAGCUUAUGGAGGUAAUAGAGUUUGCGGAACAACGUCGUUGCUGGUUAAUCAACAAUGAUGUCUGUUCCGAUGGACGCAUUUUCAUGACAACGCCAAUUGAUAUAACGCUGCUGGCAUUACAUCAUUUACGUUUACAUUGCACAGAAAAAGCGUUAGCUUUGGAGGAUAUUGGUAAAGCAGAUGAUAAGAGUACAUUAAGAUUGUUGCGUGAAUUUGUGCGUGGCGAGGAGCAUCUGAGAUGUGUGGCCGAUAUAAAGAAUGCUAGUGGUAUGGUAUUCUACAAAUACAACCCAAAGAAGACAAUGGCUUGGUUAGCGAUAAAGACGCGUCGAGUAGCGCAAAAGUUACAAAGCAUCGGUUCCCAUUGUGGCCAAAGUGCUGUAUCACAAAAUUAUGUACGCGGCGAACUCGAAGGUGAAAGCAAGGAAGAAACAGAAAUGGAUUAUUUACGCAUGGCAUGCGAUAUUGUAGGUAAUUAUUUGGAUCUAGAUUUGUAUGAAGACCUCAAAAAAUAUUUGAAUAUUGCGGAUGAAACGCCGAUUAUGACAUCAACAACAAAGAAAGAAGAAAAAGCGAAAGGUGAAAAUAAAAGAAAAUCUCUACAACAACUUAACUCGAAUAAUAGUAAAAAAGUGAAAUUGGAUGAGAAAACCAAAAAUGCAGCUGAAAAACUGAAAAGCAGUGGUUUGGUGGAAGACUCACCGACCAGCGAUACGAACAAACCGAACAGCAGUGAGGAAACAAGUCCAGUUAGUACUAUGUCGCCGAAUGUGUUAACACCAUCGCCAAUCAAGGAACGAAACUUGACAGCUAAGGAAAAGGCGUUGGCAAAGAGUGCCAAAGGUACUAAAAGUAUUGCAUCGUUUUUUACAAAGAAAUAAUAUAUCGAAAAGUUGGUUGCUUUCAUUGUCUAUUAAGUCUAAUAUAUUUUAAUAUUUAUAAUUUGUUUUUGUUUUUAAUUAAAUAUGUAAAUACAGUAAAGUUUUUGCAUAUUUUCUUUGUACACUAUU